AUGGAUUUGCCGAGCGCAGCGCCUGACUCGGAUGACCUGAGAACUGCCAAUGAGUUCGAGCUCAAAGACUACAGAGGAGAAGACGUUAGACGCAAAGAGCCAAAGAACCACGAGAAAGAAGAAGAGCCGAUCUACGUGGCCGUGAAAGAUAGCGAAGAUGGAGAACUAUUCGAAUUGCCAUGCAACCCCGACAAAACACUCUCGUUGACGACUCUAUCGCAUUCGUUUCCUGGGGCCACUGGGCUGAAGUUUCAAAAUCCGAAGACGGGAGCUAGUCGGGUUGUUAUCUUUGAUCCAACUCGCUCAUUGUUUAUGUGCCCUGCAGACGGAUGGGAGAAUCAAAUAUUUACAGCAACUUAUCCACCACCACCACAAUCACGAGCGAACAAAGAGGAAGAAGAAGAGCCGAUCUACGUGGCCGUGAAGGAUAGCGAAGAUGGAGAACUAUUCGAAUUGCCAUGCAACCCCGACAAAACACUCUCGUUGACGACUCUAUCGCAUUCGUUUCCUGGGGCCACUGGGCUGAAGUUUCAAAAUCCGAAGACGGGAGCUAGUCGGGUUGUUAUCUUUGAUCCAACUCGCUCAUUGUUUAUGUGCCCUGCAGACGGAUGGGAGAAUCAAAUAUUUACAGCAACUUAUCCACCACGAGCGAACAAAGGGGAAGAUGAAAAGCAGAUCUACGUGAACGUGAAAGGUAGCCAAGAUGGAAAACCAUGCGGAUUGCCCUGCAACCCCGACAAAACACUCUCGUUGAUAACUCUAUUGCAGGAGUUUCCUGGGGCCACUGGUUUGAAGUUCAAAGAUCCGAAGACGGCAGCUAGUCGGGUUGUUAUAUUUGAUUCAACUCGCUCAUUGUUUAUUUGCCCUGCAGAUGGAUGGAAAAAUCAAAUAUUUACAGCGACGUAUCCACCACCACCAGAAUCACGAGUGAUCCGAAUCAAGAUGAUGGGCGAGGGAACCGUGGCGGAGGAGCGCAAGGUAGAUUUGUCGGAAAAUGUGAUAACACAGAACACUGUCAAAAAUGUGUUUCUCCUCCCUGCCGAUUCAGUCAUUACGUUGCGUUAUGGUGAUAAUGCAGGGGCAAAAUGGUGCGAUUUGGAUUCAACUGGCUCGUCGUUUUUGCUUCCGGAAGGCUGGCCAACUAUGGAGUUCUUUGUCGAUUCUCGUUCAAAAGGCCCAGCAAAUAGGGCUUCAAAAAUUCUCAACGAUUGGGAAGAUCGUGUUUUUUGCAUUGAAGGUCGUGGUGGGGCGGUGGGAUCAUGCGUUUUAUUGGAUAAUAAGCGCAUCUUGACCUCUGCGCACUUAUCCUUCAAGCGUGGAGAAUGGUACCCAAUCAAACGACCCGGUUUGGAGGGCAUUUUCGAAGUGCGCUGCGAUUUCAUUUGUCUGCAUCUCGAUUUUGCCGUACUUAGUUCGGAGGCUCUUCAGGACCUCCCAAUGUCUAUAGACAACCUGGGGCUCGACUCUAAUUAUUUCAUAAUGGGUUAUCCAAACGGCGUCGAAGCAUCUAAGCCGACAAUCACACGAGGAAUCAUCAAAGGGUUGUGGGUGGAUGGCAAGCAUCUUGUCGGAACACCUGGUUCGAAGCGAGGAUACUCGGGCGCUCCGGUCUUUGAUGAUACUGGACGUUUGGCAGGACUAUUGAUGGGUGGAACAACUGGAUUGGAUGUCAAUACAAACAUUCAAGAAUGUCUGGAAUCGUCUGUGGAACAGAAAUACGCGAAAAUCUUAGGCAGCUUGGUAAUCACUCAACUCUAUGACUCUCUUGUCGAAAACGGAAUUUCGGAUGAGCAAUCC